AUGAUGCUCAUCAGCCAGGGUGGCUUCUGCGUGGCGUACUUAAUAUUCAUAGGCCAAAACGUGUCCAGUGUGCUUUCACACUCCACCAGACACAAGACGCUCGUCAUUGCCGCCGUUGCGCCCUUGGAGGUUCUGCUGUCGUGGAUGCGCUCUCUCACGCGCCUUGCUCCUUUCAGCAUAUUCGCGGACGUGGCAAACGUCUCAGCCUUCGCCCUGGUGAUCUGCUACGGCAUCUACUCCUUCCACGGCUUCUCCCACCUCUCCGCCUUCACAGGCCUCUCCAACGCACCCAUGGCUCUCGGCGUCGCAGUCUACGCAUUCGAGGGCGUCGGCAUGACUCUCCCUUUGCAGGCUUCCAUGAAACAGCCCAGCCGGUUCCCCUCAGUUCUCGCGCUCGGCCUCGGGAUCAUCUCAGUGACUUACGCAGCGGUAGGCCUGGCGGGGUAUGUGGGAUACGGUGAGGAGACUCAGGAGAUUAUCACACUGAAUUUGCCACCGGGAUGGCCAUCAGAAGCCGUGAAGCUGGGAAUAUGCGCUGCUCUUUUCUUCACAUUCCCAGUCAUGAUGCAUCCUGUGCAUGAGAUUUACGAGCGCAGGCUCUACCUUUCCCCAUGGGUGCAAUGGCACGUGCUUUCGAACAAUACUCUUCGCCGCACGCUCUUCCGCUCGCUCCGUUCGCUUGCAGUGCUGGCAGUGGCGCUGGUGGCUGUGGGUGUGCCGCAUUUCUCGGCGUUCAUCUCCCUUAUAGGCUGCAGCGUGUGCUCUGCAUUGGCAUUUGUCUUCCCUGCACUGUUUCAUCUGAAGGCCUGUAAAGGCCGGACGAGUGGGGUAGUGGUGGCUGGAAACUGGUUCUUGGUGGUGUUUGGAGUGGCGUUUGGCCUUUGGGGGACGCUAGAUGCUGUCAAGAGAUUUCAACUAGGCCCAGGCCAUCUGACUCAUCUCGAGCUCAGCUCCCGUUUCGCCCGCAAUACAUCCCGCCGCCGCUACGAAGACAGGACCGCCCUGCCGCCUCUCCACGCCUUCCCCUCACUCCGCGCCGUCACCCUCGGCUUCCACCCCAAGGAAAUCUCUCCCCUCCUCCGCUGUUCCGCGCUCACCUCUCUCUCGCUCUGGCAACCCACCGGCGGCGACCUUGCAUGCCUCGCGUCUCCCUGCUUCUCCCCCUCCUUCCGCUCGUCUCUCCAAUCCCUCACCAUUCAAUCUGGCAACUUAACGAACUACCUCCCCCGCGUAUCCUCCUUCACGUCCCUCUCCUCCCUCUCCCUCGAGUCUUGCACAUUCAACCCGUGCGAGCUUCACUCCCUCUCGCGCUCCCUCCACUCCCUCACGCACCUCACCAUCGACAACUGCCCCUCGGUCUGCGGCCGUGCCGUGGCAGCAAUGGUUCGAGCCAAUCCCUCACUCUCCUCCCUCUCUCUCUCCGGAAGCUCCUACCGUCUCUUCAGCUCCAAGCCCCUCUCAGCCGUGCUUCGCCUGUCGUCCCGUAAGCUGCAGACGCUCACGCUUGCGGGUCUGCCGUCGUUCCGCCCGGGUAUGCUUGCGGGGUGCAGCAGCCUUGAGUCGCUCACUCUCGAACGAACAGAGGGGUCGCUGGAAGGGCUGCUGGGCAUGCUCGUCAGGGCGGACGAGGCGGGGGGAUUGAUGGCACGACGUGUGGAUACGCCUGCGGGUGCGGGUGCGGGUGCGGGAGGGGGAGCGGGCACGGGUGCGGGUGCCAGUGCGGAUGCGGAUGCGCCUGCAGCUGCCCCGUCAGCGGCGGCGGCGGAGGGGAGGAUCGAGGGGAACCGGCGCGCCUAUAUUGAUAUCCGCGCAGCAGCAGCAUCGGCGCGCGCCGACGCGGCCUCAGCAUGGAGAGAUAUGAGCCGGCUAAUCGAUGUGGCGGGGGAGCUAAUUGGCUCCGCGCACGCGGAAGCGGACACUGCGCGGCGACACCAGUGGCUGCACGCAGAAAAGCCCGCCAUAAAAAAGAUAAUGGGCGCGAUUUCCGCCUGUCAGUCCGCGUCCGCGGGGGCGUGGGACGCGAACGCCGCGAGAGUGAGGGCGCGCGCUGUGGUGCGACACUCUGCCGCCGCCGCCGCCGCUGGCGCUGGCGCUGGCGCUGGUGCGUCAGGGGUUUUCACAACGGAGUUUUACGGAAACGAGGAGGAACGGUGGUCGGAAGACGCAGAUCUAGAAGCUUGGGGUUUAGGCUCGGUGGUGUUUGCCGACUUUACAGACGGAGAGUACCGUGCUGGCGCAACCCCCGAUGGGCCUCACCACUUGAUGCUGGAGAGGGAUCCGAGUGACGGCAUUCCCGAGGUGUCUCGUGAAGAGCUGUUCGCGACGCUAGAUGGGUUGUAUCAGCAGCUGCGCCCGCAUCAGUCGGCCAUGCGUGAGAGCGUUGAGGCGCUGCUUGCGGGGGAGGAUGUUGAGGGCGGGAUAGUUGGGGCGGUAGCAGCGGCGGGUGGGGCGGCGGAAGCAGCAGGUGGGGCGGCAGAACCAGUGGGUGAAGCAGCAGGAGAUACCCCAGGAGUGGAACAACAGGUGGAAGCUGCACAGGAGCAGGGCGUGCAAGAGAGAGUGGACGUCGAGGGAGUGCAAGAGGAGGGUGCACAAAGGGAGGAAUUUCUAGGGGAGGGAGAAGAAGAAAGGGCAGGCAGCAGCAGGCUCGCAGCAGCUAAGAUGCAUGAAGAAUCUCUAAGGGUAGCGCGAGUGGAAGUGAUCUGCCCGUCCCUGGCUUCCUUGGUUCUGGAAAACAUCCAGUUCAGCCCUCCUUCCGGGCCUACUUCUGAGAAUCUUCCCUCUACAUUCCCCCUCCUGCUUCCAGUCUCCCGUACUCCUCCUUGCUCCACAUUUCGCCCCUCAACCUCCCUUUCCUCCCCUGAUUUCGCCCCAAGUGCCUCUCCCGCUCAGCAGCAGCAGUCGUUUGAGAGCAUUGCCUUGGCGGCUGUGUUUGGUGGGCUGAGGCGGUUGGCAGUGGUGGCGUGCGGUGGGGUGGGGGAGGAGCAGCUGAGGGCAGUGCUGCGUGCAUGCCGGGUGUUGGUGGAGCUGAGAGUAGAGCGCAGCGAUGCCAUGUCCGAUGCCCUGCUGCGAGCAUGCCCAAUCGACACUCUCACCCACGCCACUCUCAUCGCUUGCAACGGGAUCACGUCUGCUGGGGUGAUCGGGUUGCUUGAAAGCUUCCCAAGGCUGAGGCAGUUAAAGGUGGAAGCAGAUAAGGUUCCUGAAAGGGCACGAAGGAAGUUGCUGCGUGCUGGUGUGAUCAUCAGGGGGGUGUGA